AUGAAGCUGAUCGCCCUCUUCUCCCUGGCGUUCACCCUAACAAGCGCCUUCCCUUUCCACCCCUUCCACAAAGCCCACAAAGUCUACAAACUCCACAAAAUCCACAAAAUAAAACUCGACGCCUCCAUCACCGAAUCCCAAGUCCUCACCAUCGCCCCCAGCUCCGACACAUGCGACAACCCGCCCGCCGCCGGCGAGUGCGCAACCGCCAACACCGCCGCUACGUACACGGCCCAGUCCUUCGACACGUACAGCGUGACCUCGAAGGCGGAACAGGCGGCUGUCCUGAGCCUGAUGGCGUUUGAGAGCGGCGACUUCAAGUAUAACAAGAAUCAUUUCCCCGGCGUGGCCGGGCAGGGCACACGCAACAUGCAAUCCCCAUCUUACAACAAGAAAUACGCCUCAUCGCUGCCGUCCCUCUCCGACAAACUAGACUCCGUCUCCGACGACCCGGCUGGCCUCCUAGAUGUCCUGCGCGCGGAUAAGGCCAUUGACUUCGGCUCUGGUGCGUGGUUCCUGACGACGCAGUGCUCGCAGGAUGUGCGGACUGCGCUGCAGAAGGGCGAUGACGAGGGCUGGCAGCGGUACAUUAGUGAUUGUGUGGGUACUAGUGUUACGGAUGAGAGGAGAGCUUACUGGGAAAGGGCUGUUGAAGCGCUGGGUGUUUGA